CAAGAUGGGUUGCUGCUUAUCCUCGGACGACGAUGAAGAAACCAAUAAACCGGAGGACGCGAUCACCGGUCCAAGGACGUGCACGGACAUCCUCUGGUUAACGCUGUACAUCCUCUUCUGGUGCUUGAUGGUCUUCGUCGCCGCCUUCUCCUUCGUGUACGGCAAUCCGAUAAGGAUAAUCAACGGAUACGACUCGUUCGGCAACACCUGCGGCACGAGCAACAACAAGGGUAUGGGCAACAUGGACUACACGGGCCUCGACACCAGCUCGAAACCCUACUUGCUCUUCUACGAUAUACGAAAGCUGAGUAAAUCGCUGAAGAUAUGCGUGAACGAGUGUCCCACAGAGACCAUGAACAAGGUGGAUGACAUCAAUGCGUAUUACAAGAAGACCGGCAACAAGAUCUGCAAUUACGAUUUCAAUUACAACGAUUUUUCCAAUAGGAGCAUCGACAAGAACAUACUGUCGGGCAGUUAUGGUCCGUGCCCUGUCCUUCCAGUCUAUGCCAGCACACCAGUGUUGAAUCGAUGUGUACCAAAGCCAGUGAAAGAACUGACGAACGGUGUUCUCGGGGACUUCUAUUCGUUCCUGAACAACUGGGACACCCUGGAGCAGAUCCUCGGUGAUCUGUACAACACAUGGAGGGAGAUGUUUGGGUUGGCCUUUCUUGCACUUUUGCUCUCCUUAGCCGUCAUAUGCAUCUUGCACCUUCUGGCCUACUUAGUCUCCUACAUAAUAAUGAUACUGGUCUCCAUUGCGAGCGUCGGUGGCACAGCCUUCCUCUGGUACACCUACCACGACAUCAAGCACAACCUGGACAAGACCAACAAGAGUAUGCUCUUGCUUGAAUCCGUUCGCAACGAAACGGCCUUCCUCUGGUACUCGAUCAUAGCCACGAUAAUCACUAUAAUAAUACUUUUGCUGGUGAUCGUGAUGAGGAAGAAGGUGGAUUUCCUGUCGGAUCUCUUCAAGGAGACGUCGAAAUGCAUUCUGCAUAUUCCGGCUCUAUUCUUCCAGCCGCUGUUCACCUUCUUAGUCCUUCUCGGAUUCUUCAGCUUCUGGGUCUUCGUGAUCCUUUGCCUGGCGACCGCGUAUUAUCCGGGAAAGACGGGCAUCUCCACGGUGAUACCGAGCGAAGGAAGCACCAGCGAAUUCACGACGACUGCGACGAAAGUGGGUUUAGUGGAGAAGCUCGAGAAUUUGAAUCUGAGCGACAUCAAGAAAUUGACUAUAGUGGAGUUCAUCGAUCCGACUUGGGUCAAGUACAUGUGGUGGGUGUACUUCAUCGGCUUGAUAUGGACGUCCGAGUUCAUCAUGGGUUGCCAGUCGAUGGUCAUCGCCGGAUCCGUCGCCCAUUGGUAUUACAGACACAAGUACAAGGACAACGAUCACGUCAGCUACGCGAUCUGCAAAUUAAUCAAGUACCAUUUGGGAUCCGUGGCCAAAGGCUCCUUCCUCAUCACCAUCUUCAAAGUGCCGAGACUGAUCAUGAUGUACAUACAUUCGAAAUUGUCGCGCAACAAGGAUAAGGGUAGCGAGUGCGCCACGUGCACGCUCAAGUGUUGCAUCUGCUGCUUCUACUGCUUGGAGAAGUUCAUCAAGUACAUCAAUCACAACGCAUACACGGUCAUAGCCAUCGACGGGGUGCAUUUCUGCAAGGCCGCCAAAACUGCUUUCGAAGUGCUGGUUAGUCACAGCCUCGAAGUAGCGACGAUCAACAGCAUCGGCGACUUCAUCCUCUUCUUGGGUAAAUGCCUGGUCACCGCAGUCACCGGCUCCGUCGGCCUGUACUUCUUCAGACUGAACCCAAAGCUGAACUUUUACGCCGCCCCGACGCUUCUCGUCUGCAUCUUUUCAUUCUUCAUCGCCCACUGCAUCCUCUCCCUAUACGAGAUGGUGCUGGACACGAUUUACCUGUGCAUGUGCCAGAACAACGACGCGACGGAGGGCAUCCAGUUGCAGAACUUCAGCGCUUUGGGCGCGGCCAAAAACGGGAACGCCUCACCGCAGCAGCAAGCCGAACAGGAAUUGGUCGUAGAGGACGAGUAAAACACACACACUUACGAAACAACUCAAAGGUAACAAACAUACUCGAACGGUCAUACUGAAAACGGAUAUUAUCAAACACUAUUUGCAAAUCGGCACCGAAACGCUGACACAGCACAAACAAACUCUUCUACUACUUCUUCUGCGCUGUUCUCAAUCUCAAACCAUUUGGAUCUGAAUGACUUACUUACUUUACGCUUAUAAAAAA